GAGAGAGAAUAUCAGAUGUCAACAAAUCUGCUGUCCUUGCGGCUCGUUUAGAAAGGAGGAGGGUCGAAGGUGGUUCCAUUCCAUCCCCCUCCCUUCUUGCCCCCAGAGGAGAGAGGAGAGAGAGGGAGGCCAGGCCAAACGACGCCAAUCCAAAACCCCCAAAAGGAGCAAGGAGAGAGAGAGAGAGAGUGGGGAGUGAGCAGAGAGAGAACAAACCAAGAUACUCCUACAUCCGCAGACAGUGGUUCGUUCGUCCGGGGACGAGGACGAGAACCCACCACUUUCUCUCCCUCUUCCUCGCCCUUCCUUCUCUCCCUGGCCCGGCCCCAGCAAAUCCGGUUCCAGCCUCCCCCCGACCGGACCCGUCCCGGAUACGUCGGAGCUCCGAGCGUCCUCCGCCCCGAUCGCCCCCCUGCCGCCGCCACAGAGAUUUGCCUCUUUCUUUUCGUUCGUUCUAGGAUAUAUAGAUAGAUAAAUAAAUAUCCUGCCUUGGUUGGGUUGGGCGGCUUCUUGGGCGGCGCGGGGUUUCUUGGGGCAUGGCCGUGGCGGCGGUGCCGGACAGGACGCUCGCCCGCCGAAUGCUGCGGGUCGUCAGGCUCAACCCGCUGCAGCGCAGCGCCAAGAAUCCCUGAGGUUAUUUCUCUUUAAGUGCCGUUCAGAUUGGGAGGUAGUAUUGAUUCACCUGAGCAAGUCAAGCUGUCCAGUUAGCUCAAAGCAUUAAAGAUUGGAAUUUCACACGUGCAUUGCAUUCACACUGUGAUUUCCCUUUGGUGUCCUGUGAUGUGAUGAUCAGUGCUGGUUGCCGUCCGGGUCAAGGGGAAUUUUAGCAUGAUUGCUACAUGCUCAUUGUUUUGACUGUAAUACUAAUGGGAGCUAAAGUGGAAGGUGAGAGUUACAAUCCUGGAUACUAUGCUACAGGGGAUCUGCACAUGGACUCAAAUGGUUGGCGCUCUCCAUACUAUGAGGAUAGAACAUCAAAUGGACAGUUGUACAAUGGCUUCAUGACAAAGCAGGCAGAUGGUUAUUCAGAAUACGACAACGAAACGCUAAAGCGCACAAUGCUUUCACAUGAAGCUAUGUUUAGACAGCAGGUUUAUGAACUGCACCGGGUUUACAAAAUACAGAGAGACCUGAUGAAGCAUUAUGAAAACAAAGAUGCAUAUGCAUACCCAGAACUGGCAGAUGCAUCACAGACAAAUUCGUCAUCACAAGUUCAACCAAAUGGCUCAAAGAUGAUAUGGCAGAUGCCUCUGGUGGCCAAAACAUACGGAGAGGCUACUGUUGCAGUGCACACUGAUACAAACCACUCCUUGAAGUUCCUUAGUGAUGGCAGUGUCCUGCCCUCUCCAAAUGGAUUCCCCUCGAAUGGUGUUGCUUUAAAUACCAAGCAAGGCAUUAUUGACCUUGAGCUUCCAGCUGAUCAUUAUAUAGAUGAUGACAACACAUCAGAUAAUAAGCCUAUAGAUUUCCUUGGUGUAGAUUCGGGUACAAAACCUCCGAAUGGUGCAGAAGGCUUGGGGAGGUUCAAUGAUAAUAGCUCAACCUCUGGUUUGCUGACUACCAAUAAACCGGGAGGCUGCCAUGUCGCUGACCUGAAUGAGCCAAUUACUGGGAUGCAUAUGGGUGGAACAAACGGGUCAGUAUCCAGAGGUCUCCCGUAUACCUUGGAGAACUCUUGGCGCCAAUCUGCAGUGAGAUCAAGCACAGCUAACUUUGGUUUCAAUAAAGAAUACUCCAAAGAGAAGCAUACUGACGAAGGAACAAGCUCAAAUUUCCUUGAUGCAAGUGCCAAACUAAGACAGGAGGAGAAACCAUUGAUUGAUAAAGGAAAACAAGUCAGCAACCAAUCUUUUUUUACACCCAGAUACAGCAAUGCUGAUCUGCAAAAAUCCUUCAAAGUUGCUGAUGGGAGAUCUGCAACCAAUGAGAUUAUUUACCAUGGUCAAAACAGUUCAGUUGGAUGGUUUUCAAAAGGUCCUAUGGGAGCAUCUCCCAUCAAUAAUUUUGCUAGACUUGACCAUCCACAUCAUUCAAGUAUUGGUACACUUGUUGCUCCAAUCUCCAUUCCUCACAUAGACCAUCCUUCCGUCGCCUCUCCUAUAGGUUCUUGCACAGUGGACCCAAGGAGCAGUGUUAUCAACAAUGCUUUCCAGCGAGUUCCAAGUUUCAAUGGAUCUUCAACUGUUAAUUCAUACAAGAGUCCUAGUGCUGUGACCCAAAGCAUUGGACCUUCGAUUCAUAAGCUGAAAAGAUUUGAUAAUUUGGAUGGUAGUUACUUUGGCUUUCCACCUGAUCCAUUUUCCGCAUCACGAUCCAGACAACAGGUUGCAAUUUCGAGCGAGUUGGAGCAAAGGAACUGCCUGAUGUUUGAACAUUCAGCAGCACGGCAGUCUCAUGGGUAUCCUCAGUCCACAAACGGCAAGGGCAUAAAGAACUUUAAUUUGAAUGAAGCACUGUCAGAUGGUCUGGAAGAGCUUGUAGAACGGGGUCGGAGAUCUGUUGGUAGUUUGCAGCAUAUUAAAGGCGAGGGAUCAGUAUUUGGGAUCUCUUGGCUAAAAAAUAAAGCUACUUGUGCUGACCCAACAGGGCUGGAAAAGCAAAGAAAGAUGCUUGGCCAUUCCAACGGGACUGCAGCAGACACGAAAAUCAACAAUAACUUGACAGGAAUAACACCGAUUGUUUGCAAUUUGUCAGAUUCUGCCUCGACGUCCCUAGGUUGCAGAAUUAAGAUAGAUGAUGCUUCUGAAGGCAUCACUGAUAGAACUUGGCUGGUAUGUAAUAAGACUGAGGAGAGUACUACGAGACAUUUACCACUUUCAAGCCAGAAACCCUUGGAUAGAGAUGGACAAGCUGCUGAAGGUGUUGUCAAGAAAAGUGGCGCCGCUGUCGUCAGAAAUUUGUUUGAUCUGAAUGAUGAUGUACCACAUGAAGAUAACUCAGAGUCAUCAGUAGUGUCACAUGAAUGUGAUGUGGCGGCCUUACAGAACAACCAUGCUAAGCGCACAUUUUUGUUUGACUUAGAAGAAGUGCCAGCUUGUGAAGAUGGUGCUGCCUGGACUUCUCAACAGGAAUGCACACCUUCUGGCAAGCUUGGUGCAUCCAAGGAAGCUGAUAUGUGUUUUCCAUCCGCUACAGAUGCAGCGCAGAUUAUUCUUGCGUUGUCAACGGAUGUGCCGACCACCACAGGCACACCCGAUGAUAUGUUGCAGUGGUUUGCAGAGCUCGCGAUAUCAAGCAUGGAUGACCAUGCCGAGCAAGCAAAAGUCCAGGGUUGCAUCGAUAAUUCCAGUGAUGAUGGUUCAGACUCAUUUGAAGCCUUGACACUGAAGCUGGAAGAGUGCAAGACCGAUGAGCGCUGGACCAGGACACCAGAACCACCACUGACAGACGAUGACCAAGCUGUUUCAGCGGUGAACCUGCUGUCCAAGCCAAAAAGAGGACCGCAAAGGAAGCGACGGCAGAAGCGAGACUUCCAGAAGGACAUCUUGCCCGGGCUUUCAUCGCUUUCCCGGCCUAAGAUCAUAGAGGACAUUCAGCUAAUUGAGGGGUUAGUACAGGCAUCUGGUGGAUCAUGGGAGUCGAGUUUAACCAGGCGAGCGCGCGGUGGGCGAACAAGAGGUAGAAAGCCCCGCAAAGACCAGCCAGCUACCGUAGAGAUAGAAGCCGAGGCGAGCCCACCACCCUCAAAACCCGACUCUGUUGGCUUAGAAGCUGAUGAAAGGGGCAUGGUUAGCUGGGGGCGAACAACAAGGCGGUGUCGCAAGCCACGAUGCCCAUCGGGCAAUAGCGUCGCAGCUUCGUCCUGAACGACCUCUGAUCCUGGUCGGUUUCGGAUUUGCCAUCGAGAUUGCGGUGGACUGGUAUAAAGGUAAAAAAAAAAAUCACAGCCAUGAGUGUGCAUACUCUGCUGGCCUGCUUGGCUGGCCUCCCCCCUCAGAGAUUCCAUGCCUUUUUCGGGUCGAAACAUGAUGUACAUUUUUUUUCUAUAAUAAAUUCUUAAACUAGUCUAUAUGUGACAAUUUCUGUAACAGCGUUGUAUUAAGCUGGGUCCAGGGCCUGAGAGGCCUGCUGUAAUUCUUGAGAUAGUGGCGAGGUACCUUGACUGGCCGGUACUUGGAAAUCAAAGAGGCUAAUCGGUGUAGUUCUAUAUAGUUUUAUCA